AAUCCGCUCCCUUGCCUUCACUUUUCUUUUCUUUCUCUAUCACCACCACACUGCGAAGCUAGAAAGGAAGAGCUUCAUCUGCCUUCUCUUGUGCAAGCGGUGCCGUGUGUGGCCCCUCAGUCUGCGCUUAAAUUCUCAGAUCUUCUACGUUACUACGCCCUUGCAAUCUAAUCCCACCUCAACGCCUUCCCUCGCUUCCUGAAUCUACCACUUAGCCACAAACCAGUAGGUGAAGCUCGAAACUCAAGUUUCAACUGGCUUUCAUUUUGACUUGUGAUCCCUCCAUUUGUUUUUCUUCACGUUCUGAGAUAUUAAAUUGAACUGGGAAGUAAGGAAAUCAUGUUCUCCGUUAGACCCAUUUUCCGGGCACACCAAAGGCCCUUCUUUUCUCUGUUGCUUCAUUCUUCCUAUACUUCCUCUGCCGCUGCAAUUCAAGCUGAGAGGACUAUCAGAGAAGGCUCCAGAAACGAUUGGACACGAGAGGAAGUAAAAUCCGUCUACGACUCUCCCAUACUCGAUCUUCUCUUCCAUGGAGCUCAGGUUCACAGACAUGCUCAUAACUUCAGGGAAGUACAACAGUGUACUCUCCUGUCUAUUAAAACAGGCGGGUGUAGUGAGGACUGUUCAUAUUGUCCUCAAUCAUCAAGGUAUCACACAGGACUAAAAGCCCAACGGCUAAUGAACAAGGAGGCUGUUCUAGAAGCUGCAAAGAAGGCAAAAGAGGCUGGUAGCACACGCUUUUGUAUGGGUGCUGCAUGGAGAGACACAAUAGGAAGAAAGACCAACUUCAAUAAUAUCCUUGAAUAUGUGAAAGAAAUAAGGGAUAUGGGAAUGGAGGUCUGCUGCACGCUUGGUAUGCUGGAGAAAGAGCAAGCUGUUGAACUCAAGAAGGCAGGGCUUACUGCCUAUAAUCAUAAUCUUGAUACUUCAAGGGAAUAUUAUCCAAACAUCAUCACAACAAGGACUUAUGAUGAACGCCUGAAAACACUUGAGUUUGUUCGUGAUGCAGGGAUUAAUGUUUGUUCAGGAGGAAUAAUAGGGCUUGGAGAAGCAGAGGAGGACCGUGUAGGUUUGUUGCACACAUUGGCCACACUCCCCACUCAUCCAGAAAGUGUUCCUAUCAAUGCACUUGUUGCAGUAAAGGGCACCCCACUUCAGGAGCAGAAGCCUGUUGAGAUAUGGGAGAUGAUUCGCAUGAUUGCCACAGCGCGUAUCGUUAUGCCAAAAGCAAUGGUGAGGUUGUCAGCAGGAAGAGUUCGGUUCUCCAUGCCUGAGCAAGCACUGUGUUUUCUUGCUGGGGCCAAUUCUAUAUUCACAGGAGAAAAGCUUCUCACGACACCUAACAAUGAUUUUGAUGCUGAUCAACUCAUGUUCAAAGUACUCGGACUCACUCCCAAAGCUCCAAGCUUUCAUGAAGAUGAAACCAGUGAAACAUAUGAUUGUAAGGAAGCUGUCUCCUCCUAAUUAUAGUUUAUGGAAAAUCUAAGAAGCACGGAUACAGAUAUAAAAUAUUCCUAACACCUCCAAUUGUGGUGCUUUUUAAUUCUUCUUUGGUGUUUGGAUUGGAUUAGUUUGAGUUUUUUAUCUCAAGCAUUUAAACUUAAAUCACUAGAAAAACAGUCUCUGGUUCUCCUAGUCAAAUUAGCUGAUGAUUAACCGUACACCUUAAAAUGCA